CUCGCCGGCUGUUCCGUCGGGAGCCCCUCGCGAGGCGCACCGAGGGAGGGCGGGACCCAGGCCAAGCAGCGGCUGUGUGGUCUUGCAGGGCGCGCGCGCCGCUUUUCCAUUCCAGUGCACGGCUGGCUGGCGGACCUGCCGCGGCCGCCGCUUCGGGGUCGCAGCUCGCUCGCUACUGCCAGGGCGAGCGCCCGCUCCGCCUCAGUCUCCUCCUGGGGUCCGGUGAAUUCGGCGAGCCGAGAGCGGUGCCGCCUCGGCCCUUGUGUGCGCGCGCGCGCGCUGGAAAGAAGCGCGCUUGACUACAGCCGAAAGGGCUGCCUGCGGUCCGUAUGUAUCAUAUAACAGUUCUGGAAAUAACAAAGGAACGAUGUGGCUUUUUCCUUAAAGAGAGCAUAUCAGCCACAGCCAGUGAGCCCAUCUGAACAUUCACAGUGAAGCUUUGUGGUGGUCCAUUCAACUUGACAGAGGUCUUUGGAUAUCCCACCAAAUUUUGUGUCCUCUGGAAUUUGAUCCACAUUCUCUCUACGAGUUAUCAUUAAAAAAUAGUGACAAAUAGAAGACCCAGAACUGAACUGUGUGGAGCUCCAGCCAGUACAAUCUCCAUAUGUUGAAGAUCAGCGUUUGAAGAAGAACCAGAAAAUACUCCCUCAACUUUGCUCGAAGAGCAUGCAAAAUCAGAACAAUAUGGCACAGCGUAAUAUUGCCAUGGGAUUAUUCAUAAUGACUCUCUUAUACUUGUUGGAUGACAGUUCAGCCUUCCUGUUGAAUCAGCGUCUGAAGGGAAGAUUUCAAAGGGACCGGCGGAAUAUCCGCCCAAACAUCAUUCUUGUUCUUACUGAUGAUCAGGAUGUAGAACUUGGUUCAAUGCAAGUGAUGAAUAAAACAAGGCGGAUUAUGGAACAGGGAGGUGCUCACUUCAUCAAUGCAUUUGUGACGACACCCAUGUGCUGUCCAUCCCGCUCUUCUAUUCUUACAGGGAAAUAUGUCCACAAUCACAACACCUACACCAACAAUGAAAACUGCUCGUCUCCGUCCUGGCAAGCUCAGCAUGAAAUUCGCACAUUUGCAGUAUACCUCAAUAACACAGGGUAUAGGACAGCUUUCUUUGGGAAGUAUCUAAAUGAAUAUAAUGGUUCCUAUGUGCCUCCUGGCUGGAAAGAAUGGGUUGGAUUACUUAAGAAUUCUCGUUUUUACAACUAUACACUCUGCAGAAAUGGAAUGAAGGAAAAACACGGAUCUGACUACACUAGGGACUAUCUGACUGACUUGAUCACCAAUGACAGUAUUAGCUUUUUCCGAAUUUCAAAGAAGAUGUAUCCCCAUCGGCCAGUUUUGAUGGUUCUUAGUCAUGCAGCCCCACAUGGUCCAGAAGAUUCAGCCCCUCACUAUUCUCAUCUCUUCCCCAAUGCUUCCCAACACAUCACACCCAGUUAUAAUUAUGCUCCAAACCCAGACAAACACUGGAUAAUGAGAUAUACAGGUCCUAUGAAGCCUAUUCACAUGGAAUUCACCAAUAUGCUACAGCAGAAACGACUUCAGACACUCAUGUCUGUGGAUGAUUCUAUGGAGGCGAUUUAUAAUACAUUAGUUGAAACAGGUGAACUGGAAAAUACCUAUGUAAUAUACACAGCAGACCAUGGCUAUCAUAUUGGGCAAUUUGGACUGGUGAAAGGAAAAUCCAUGCCAUAUGAAUUUGACAUCAGAGUUCCUUUCUAUAUACGUGGUCCAAAUGUGGAGGCUGGAUCCUUGAAUCCUCACAUUGUAUUGAACAUCGAUCUUGCUCCUACAAUUCUAGAUAUUGCUGGCCUGGACAUUCCACCUGACAUGGAUGGGAAAUCUAUACUAAAACUGCUGGAUUCUGAAAGACUGGUCAAUAGUUUUUCCAGAUUCCAUUUGAAAAAGAAAAUGAAGGUUUGGAGAGAUUCAUUUUUGGUGGAACGAGGCAAGCUGUUGCACAAAAGAGACAAUGAAAAAAUGGAUGCUCAAGAAGAAAAUUUUUUGCCCAAGUACCAACGAGUGAAAGAUCUCUGUCAGAGAGCUGAAUAUCAAACUGCUUGUGAACAACUUGGACAGAAAUGGCAGUGUGUGGAAGAUGCCAAUGGGAAGUUGAAGUUGCAUAAAUGCAAAGGCCUAGCUAGCCUUAUGGCUCCAGACAGUAGUAAAGGAAUCUCCAAUCUUCUGCCCAAGUAUUACAGCAAGAAUAAUGAGGACUGCAGCUGUGAUGAGAAUGAAUACAAGCUGAGUCCCAUUGGACGGCGAAAGAAAUUAUUCUCUAAGAAGAAAUACAAAACGAGCUACAUUCGAAGUCGUUCAGUUCGUUCAGUGUCUGUUGAGCUUGAUGGAAAGGUGUAUAAUUUGGAUUUGGAGGAUGGCUAUCAACCUGUUUUACCAUGGAAUAGCACAAAACACAAAAAUGAUCAAGAAUCAGGUGGCGGAAAAGGAGGAAGAAGAGAAGUUGAUGAUGUUAAGGAUAUGGAGGAAUACAGUGGCACUGGCAGCAUUUUAGAGAACACUACACCAAACUUAAUAAAAGUGACACACCGAUGCUACAUUUUAGAGAAUGACACUGUUCAAUGUGACACAGACUUAUAUAAAUCAUUACAAGCUUGGAAGGACCAUAAGCUUCAUAUAGACCAUGAGAUUGAAACUUUACAAAACAAAAUUAAAAACCUGCGAGAGGUAAGAGGUCAUCUAAAGAAGAAGCGACCGGAGGAAUGUGAUUGUAACAAGAUAAGCUUCCAAUCAAAACACAAAGGCAAACUGAGGCACAAAGGAUCUGGUCUCCAUCCUUUCAAGAAAACCUUUCAGGAGAAGGAUAAGCUGUGGCUCCUCCGAGAACAGAGGCGAAAGAAGAAACUCAGGAAGCUGCUCAAAAGAAUAAAAAAUAAUGACACAUGUAGCAUGCCAGGCCUGACAUGCUUCACACAUGACAACCAGCACUGGCAGACUGCCCCCUUGUGGACAUUGGGUCCUUUCUGUGCCUGUACCAGUGCAAACAACAACACAUACUGGUGUAUGAGGACAAUCAAUGAGACACACAACUUUCUGUUCUGUGAAUUUGCUACUGGCUUCCUUGAGUACUUUGACCUGAACACUGACCCUUACCAGCUAAUUAAUGCAGUAAACACACUACAUAGAGAUGUUCUCAACCAACUGCAUGUGCAGCUGAUGGAACUGAGAAGUUGCAAAGGCCAUAAACAAUGCAACCCAAGGACCCGAAACAUGGAGCUUGGUCUUAAAGAUGGAAGCUAUGAACAAUACAGGCAGUUUCAACGUCGAAAAUGGCCAGAAAUGAAAAAAUCUUCCAAGUCACUAGGGCAACUUUGGGAAGGCUGGGAGGGAUAAUUUCCCAGAACUGCUAGACCUCAAUGAGGAUACAACCUGGCCGGAACUUGAAUUCUUGUACAGACUUAAUAAAGUAUGUAUGAUUUCAGACAGAAUUAUAAUCUUAGCCUGGAGGACUGGAUGAACUUUGAUGCUAAGGUAAAUAGGAUAUUUGCAUUUUGAUGCAGUCCAAAAUGAUGCAGUUAUCUUCUGGAGACUACUGUUGUCAAGAUCCUGUAUCCUACUAGUUUAUUCGCAUUUGCUUUGGAUUAUACCUCACUUGCUUCACAAGCUAUUUUAUUUUGGUCAAUCACCUGAGAUACUAUUCCAAAAGAGGACAGCAGAGAAACAUCGCAAGCCUUAGAAUCCUGAAAGGCAAAAGCACAGAUCACAUUUCAGCAGAAAACCAUUUUAUAUUUUCUUUAAAUUAAGGCAUUGGAAAGGCAAAUGAAGAUAGUAACACAAUUCUUUUUUCUUUCUGGCUUGGACAAAUUAAACUUUGAAGCACUGAUAAAAAAAAAUCUGCUAAGGUAUUCUAGGAUCUGCAAAGGAUAUUACUGAAAAGAAGCACCAAUUCAGCACUGUAAUAUUGUCACUUCUUUGUCCACCACAAAAUGCAGUUUAGUUCACAGUUUUCACAUCUUCCUUGAGUUUGACAGAAGAAACAGAAAAUAAACCUGCGCUCAGAGAAACCACUUUUCCACCAUUGUAAUGUAAAUACUCAGUGUUCCAUUUCAAAAAAAAUCCAAUCCAGAGGACUUUUGUUACUGAAAUAUUGGCAUGCCCCAAUGUCAUUUCUGAAAAUGUCACUUCACUGCAUAAUGAAACUUUAGAAUUCAUCAUUUUUUUUAAAAAAAAAAACACUGCAAAAUUAAAAGCAGUUGAUGUAUGUCUUGAAUUUUAACAAAGUUGGAUUUGUAUUAAGUCUUUGUGGUUAUAUUGUAUGUUUAAAAAAAACAAAAUUAUUACUAUAAAAAAGCACUUGUUUACUUUUAUACUUGGAGCGUUUAAAAAAGAUAAUUCUAUGAUCAAUAUACAAGCAACUUAAUUCUAGUUUGUUACCAAAAGAUGAAUUUGUAUACCUGUAUGUUAGAAGAAAUACGUUUCUGAAAAUUUACAAACAUAACUUAGAGGAUGGGAGAGAACUUUUCCCAAUAAGACCUGACUUUUUAAAAACUGAACUGUUUCCAAAUUCAGUCUCAUAUAAAUUUCUCUUAUUCCAUUACUUGAACACAUCAAAAACAGAAUUUCAAUUUCCUUCAUUGUUUUUCUACUACACAUUUCAUCUUCUGCCGUUGAGAAAUUGUGUUUUUUUUAUUUUGUUUAUAUAGUCAUAGUGCUUGCCUACCAGCCAUUCAUUGAAGUUACUGUGGUACUGAAAAACAUUGUGGCCUAUUUAUGACCAAUACAAUCUUCUGAGGCAGCAUCCAUCAUGGUCACCAUUACUGUCAAUUCACAUUGUUUUGUGGCUGACCUGUGAGGUUUUUUUUUUCUUUUUCCCCCCUUGCAGAGAGAUUGGCAAUAAAAGGAUUGCAAGAAAGUGAGCUGCACAUUGAAAGCAAUACAGUCAUGCAGACUGGAAACCUCAGAUGUGUUAUUCAUCGCAUGAAUUCUCACUUAGCAACCGCUUUGCUAGCCCCACUUAAGAAAGGUUAAGCAAGGACUACCUCUCUGUUUUUGUAACAAACACCACACACAAAACCUUCUCAACACAAUUCUAGGUGGUUUACAACUAUGAAAAAAAUACAUACAGCCACAGUAAUAAACCAUAAUUAAGCAAGCCCAACCCUUACAAAACAGACUUCUCCAAAACUUCUAGGAAGCACUUUUUAAUGAGGUGCCAUUCAGUAGCAAGCUGCUGCAGAGAAAGGAGGUCACUCUGCUAGCUCUGAUUUCCCAGUAAGGGGAAGAACUCUUAGCCUCAUCAUAAUGGCGUAUACAUCUGGAGCAAAUACCGUAGUCAUGAAGUUAGCAUGGCUCUUAUCCAUAAAGAGCUUUAUAGGUAACUAAUAAAUAAGACCUAGAAGUCAGCCAGCACUGGUAAUAUUUAUAUCAUUCUUCUAUAUCAUCUUUUAUCAGUGAGCAAAGCAGGUGACGGCAUUCUGCUCCAGCUCCCAAAUUGUUUUGCAGAGUAGAUUCAUGUUGUGAAUUGUAACAACAGAACUAGGAGAUAACAAGGGCUGAAGAAAUUAUAGUUAGCACAUCCUGAUCCAGGUAAGAGUACAACUGGAAGAUGGAGAAGGCUCUCCUGCCACAACUGGCACCUGUUGCUUUAGUGAGGUGAGAUGGUUCCAGGAGGACCCCCAUACACACACUCCUUCAGAGGAAAGCUGCCCUAUCCAUAGCUAAGCAGGGAGCUUUGCUGGUACCAGAAGGCCUCUGCAGAAACAGGAACUCCUCUUAGUGGGAUUCAUUCUGAGCCUAUACUGUGCCAGUUAGUUCCUCAAAAGUCGAAAUUUCUACAACUCCUGUAAAGUCAUGAGUGGAAAUACAAAGUUGGGCCCUAUUAGCAUAGUACCAGUGCCUCACCCAAAGUUGGCAUAUUAUCUUUCUCAGAGAUGUUAAUUUUUAAUAUCAGAGCUUUUACAUAUGGCACAUAGAGGAAAUUAAAAGACUUGAGCUUUUAAAAUCCCAAAAUAGAAAUAGUGAAGGACUUUUCUCUACUUUCUUUCCUAAAAAAGAGAAUUUGGUGGCAGGACUUUAGUAAUCUACGAUGGUUAGAUCAAGUGAUGGCUUCCUAAAGAGAGACAACAUCCCCUAUUUCAAGACGAGUGAUAUUGCAGUGACUGGGAGAUGCCAAAAAUAUCACAAUUUUCGUUGAAGUUUUGUCAUGUGGCCCACAAUCAUGCAUAUAUCUAAGUUUAAAUCAUGUUGACUCUGGUUUUUCAAACAACUGCAUAGAGAAAAGGAACUUCCAUUUGAAUAUGAGUAAGGGCUACAUACAGCCAAUGUUAGCUUUAAGUGGCAACCAUAGAAUUUGGUCUGUGCUGGCUCUUUUAUAUUUAUCACAUUAUGGAAUAAUUAUAAGUGCAGACAUUCUAUAGAACCAUUAUGUUGAAACUUACGUAGUAUCAAAUGUAUAACAAGCAAUUAUGAAACUAAACACUAUCAACCAAUUAUAUUCAGGCUUUUUCUGAAUGAAAAAUGUUUCCUUUAUGCAUUGUAUCCAACUCUAUAUGUCACCUGAUUUUGGAAAUUUAACUUAUAUUAGUCAAUUAUAUUAGGACAGAAUCUAAUUGAGGAGUAAAAAUGUAAGUGAAAGUAUAUAGUGCUUACAAUUUAAGAUUUAAUCAUGCCACCAAAGUUCAGUUUCAAAUAGAAACCUUUAUUUACAUUAUUAUCCAUAUUCAAACAAAACAAAUUAACACCAUAUAAACAAGACCACAUCCCAGGCCCCCAUUGUUUAAAAUGCCAGUGUCCACCGGAGGCUUUGUGUGAUGUAAAGAUCACUUGUACAAGUCAUGUUAAGUGUAAACUAAUUCCAGAAUUAAUUUUAAAUAUUGUAGGCCAGGGGUGUCAAACUGCCAGCCCACGGGCCAGAUGCAUCAUGGCGAAACCGCGUCUACCCCAUUGCCAACUAUAGAAAAAAAGUUGUGAUACAUCACAUGACAUUGCGAGUUUGACACCCCUGCUGUAGGCCUUUCUCCUGAGACAAGAAAUAUUGCUUUCAUUUGAAGGAUUUCAACAUUGCUGCCACGUGACAGUCUGCUACUAAAUUGUCUAUGCUAAUUUGUGCAACAUUCAAGUGGUUUCAUCUGAAAAAGGUUUUACUAAAGUAAAAGCAUAAAGAAAAAAGACUAGAUAGAAAGUAGCUAAACUGGUUAACCAAGCACAAACCAAGAAAAAAAAAG